CCAUGGCAACAGCUGAGUCAUUCCGUAAUGAAAUGCUCCCUUGAUGCUGGCGUGCUGUUCCGGUAAUUUACGAAACAGUGUGAGGAAGCGCAUAUGAACUCUGAUCUCUACAGGUGUCAUCGGCAUACGACCCUUGGCUAGUAGACCGUGCUAGCCAGAUGGGGAACAUCUCCACUGCGGUCAAGCACUGCCUGAGCUAUGAUACUCUUUUACGGGAUUAUCCUUGGUUACCACGUCUGCCGUGGGAAGAGAAGUGUUUUGACCAGCCCAAGAUUCCACAUUUUGUCAAAAUUGUGGAGGUCGGGCCAAGAGAUGGACUACAAAAUGAGAAGGAAAUAGUUCAGACGGAGGUCAAAAUCCAGUUUAUAGACAUGCUCUCUCAGACCGGCUUGUCUGUGAUUGAAGCCACAAGCUUUGUGUCUUCAAAGUGGGUUGCCCAGAUGGCUGACCACACAGAAGUACUGAAGGGGAUUAAAAGGUCUCCUGGCGUCAGAUACCCUGUUCUGACGCCCAAUUUUCAGGGCUUCCAGGCAGCUAUCGCAGCAGGAGCUACAGAAGUGGCAGUGUUUGGUUCCGCCUCAGAGACCUUCAGCAGGAUGAACAUCAACUGCUCCAUAGAGGAGAGUUUGCAGAGGUUUGAGAAGGUCAUCUCUGCAGCCAAACAGGAAGGCAUACCGGUGCGCGGGUAUGUUUCCUGUGCACUUGGCUGCCCGUAUGAGGGACAAGUAAAACCAUCCCAAGUCACGAAGGUGGCGAAGCGGUUGUAUGAGCUGGGCUGUUAUGAGGUGUCCUUGGGGGACACGAUUGGCGUAGGCACGGCGGGCUCCAUGGCCAAGAUGCUGAGUGAUGUGUUGACAGGGAUGCCCGUAAGCGCACUGGCGGUGCACUGCCAUGACACCUAUGGUCAAGCACUGGCCAAUAUUCUCAUUGCUUUGCAGAUGGGGGUUUCUGUGGUUGACUCCUCGGUUGCAGGCCUUGGAGGAUGCCCAUAUGCCAAGGGAGCGUCUGGCAACGUUUCUACAGAGGAUGUUCUAUAUAUGCUACAUGGUCUUGGAAUUGAAACCGGAGUGGAUCUGUUUAAAGUGAUGGAGGCGGGAGAAUUCAUCUGCCAAGUCUUAAACAAAACGACUAACUCCAAGGUCACACGAGCCACGAAAACACCUUAGCCUUUGUAUUCCAGGUGAAAAAGGUUUGGAGAAUUUUGGGAAAAAAAGAAUCAAAUAAGAAAUAUUCAGGAUUCUGCACUAUUUCUAGGUCUCUGUUUCAGUUGGAGCAAAGGUCUGACAUUGACAAAGUUAACUAAAGUAAAAUAUGUCCUUGUUGUUCUUUGAAUGCUACCCUCAGAUUGUUCUGCCGAUGAUACAAUGUGCAAUUCAAAACUUCUAAAUGCCUUUUUUCUUUACUUUUUAACUCUAGUUUUAAAGCUAAAUCAAGAGCUACUGAUGCACUAUAUUGUGCAAAUAAUACUGUAUCUAUAAUACUUUGUGCCUAUAACAGGAAACACGAAAGAGAGGUUUUUACACCAAAGACAAGAGAAAAUGUUACACAUGCUUGGAUUGUAAUCUUCAUUUGUGCAGAACAUGAGGCUGAUGACACAUGGUGUGUGAGAAUCAUUUUCUGCUUAGCACGAAUUUUGGCUGUUUGUUUACACAACAAAAACAUUUUCUGAAUGCAAGCCUCUGAAAACUAUGAAACACAUAUACGCCGACAAAGGGUAUUAUAAAGCACUUUUGGGGAAAACCUGGAUAUGCGUAAGUGCAAAGGUGCAUCGUUUUUCUUUACAAAGUGACAUUGCUUAUCAUGGCUUGGCAUGCAUAAUUUAGUGUUUUACUUGUCUUCGUGGAUCCAUGUAAAAGUUUUUGACAAUGUACAGUAGUCGUGUGAAAGUGAAACUUUUUAAAAAUGCUCAUGGAAACUUUUCCAUUUUCUACUCCAUCGUUGUCUUGUAAACAUACUUAAAUGGCCCAUUAUAUGAAAGUCAUUUUUUUCUGUAUUCAAGUGCUAUAAUCGGGUCCCCGGUGCAUCUAGCAACCCAGAAAAUGUGAAAAACAAGAUCCGUUCAGAUUUCGCUCCUGAUGUGAGGUAGACACAGGCUCUUAUUAUAAUAUUACCGCCCCUUAAUCUACACAAUUCCACCCAAGGCGCUGCUGCCAUUGUUGUUUUCACAAGCGACAGUUGUGUACAUGACGCCAUGGCUAAAAUUCGUGGACAACAUGCAAUGUAGUCACUGCACAGAGUCCUAACCUCGGAAGAGACAGGAGUGGAUUUAAUUUAUUUUUAGUGGAAAUCCCACAGAAACCAUAAGUAAAAACCUGCUUGUUUGCGCGAAUCACUUCAAGCCGGAGUGCUUUAUCAACCUGGGACAGUACAAACAGGAUUAGCUUCAAAGUGGCCCCCUUAAAAGGGAUUAAGACCAACUGAACGAGACAAAGCUGCCGAUGUAAGAUGCAAGUAAUAAAAUUGACGUACAUGUACCGUAUAUAUAGGAGGAUAAUGUUAGCAAACGAUAGCGAAGGGAGCUAAGUCAGUCACAGGCUAAAUAGAACAUUCAAAGACAGUGUUAAACUUACUCUAUAUUUAUAUGUUAUUUGGCAAAUGGGCACUUGGAGUUUAUGUAUGUUAAUACAUUAUGUGCGUUAAUAUGUUCCGCUGCGGCAAGCUGUUUGUUUUGCUAAUGAACAGGGGCGAACACUGCGGGUAGUUUAAUUUUAAGCGUCUCAAAUCAUUCGUUCUUAGGCUGAAAAGUUAUGCUCUCACGUUGUGUGUGUAACGUUAUAACUUGUCAACGACAAGCGCUAAAAUCCACGUAAUUCCGCUGAUAUCUGCAAGUGUGCAUUCCGUGGAUUUUAGGCAAGCAUACACGCACAACGUGAGCACUGUUUGCUGUAACGAAUUUUUUAGUCUCCGGAGGAAUGGUUUGACACGUUUAAAAUGAAACUAACCGCAGAGGAGUUCAGGAAACAUAAUUUACCUAAACCAUUGCCAUGUCAGUACUACACGUGUGUGUUGUGUUGACACGCCGGACGGAAGGAGGGUGGGGUGCACUGUAACUCAUUAUCAUUUAAAGAGACAUGCACCAAAACGGGUUUCUGUGAGCAUAGCAGUUUUUGACUGCUGUCAGGCCAGCCUCCACUUUGAAAAUGACGGUCAAGCCAGCCCUCACGGUGGUUUUCUGUGCGCGCAUAUAUGACAGAUUGCGGUAGGAGCGCGGGAGGACAAAUUUCAAAAUAAAAGCGGUUUCGCACGCAAUCAUUUGCUAGUGUUUAUCCGGUUGCAAGUGAUGUUGCUAGUGCAAUGAGAGACGAUGUUAAAUGGUUGCUAUGCAGUUUCUAUGAUGUUCUGGGUGAUUUCUAGGCCAUUGAUAAGGUAUUUUGGUGGUUGUAAGAGUGUUGCUAUGUAGUUUCAAAUAUGUUCUGUCUGAUUGCUCAGCUGUUGUUAAGGCAUUCGGGUGGUUGUAAAAGUGUUGCUAUGCAGUUUGUGUGGCGUUCUCUGGGUGGUUGUGUAACAGGUACUGAAUGUGACUUGUUUAUUUCAUGUAUUAGAAUUACACAAAGUGUAUUUGUUUACCUGAUAUUCUGUCUGUGUGCGCCUUCCCCUUUAAAUAUUCUGUGAACGGUGUUUUGCGUAACUUCCUGUCUGUUCACCUGCUCUUCCCUUUUCACACUGGCUGUGCAUGGGAGAGGUAGGUUCCUGUUGAGCUCCGACUAAUUUGUUGUAUUUGUUUAAAAGUCAUUCUUUUAUGCUCGGUUUUGGUUAUAUUGGGGAUAUUGUUUUGUGUAUAUUUUAUCAGGGUUUUGGUAUACUUUCAUUUAGUUUAACAUGUCGGUUGUUUAACCGGUGCAUGUGGAGCACGUGGGCUAAAUGUUACACAUCUUUUCUGUUAACAGAGGGACAAAAGGGCAGGACAUACUGUAAGACUGUUUUACUAAUUUCCAUCAGGUAUGUUACAAUUGUCAUUUGUUUUAUGCUAUUUUCUGUUCACCUGCUCUUCCCUUUUCACACUGGCUGUGCAUGGGAGAGAGGGACAAAAGGGCAGGACAUACUGUAAGACUGUUUUACUAAUUUCCAUCAGAGUGAUUAAAUGAAGAGUCGAAACGUUAUCUGAUGUCCGAGUGGUUACUACCCCAUAAAAGAAAAAAAACACAACGCAGAACUACACCGGUUACAGUUGCUAGGCCGUUGCUAAGGCAUUCUGGUGGUUGGUUUUGGCCUAGUGGGGCAGUUGUGGCCUAGUGGUUAGAGAGUCAACUCGUAACCAAAAAGUCAUGGCUGCCCUCUGCUCCGGGUGUGUGUGUUCACGACUUGCAGUGCAUGUGUUCACCACUCACACAAUAGGUUGAAUGCAGAGGUCACAUUUCGGUUAUGGGUGACCAUAACUGACUAUGAAAUAACUAAAAAUAACUGACAAAUAGGUAACUUUUAAUACACAAUAUCAGGACUGUCUGAUGUGAUGUUUUAAACCCCCCCCCAAAUGUCCCAUAUAAGCUGUUUUUUUAUAUAUGUUCAGACACAUGUUUAAAGGAAACUACCUGUUUCAAGAAAAUAAUUACACCUCAGAAUCAUAGUACACAAUCUCAGAUUGGCACUCAGACAAUAUCAGGACUGUCUGAUGUGGUGUUUUUAAAUAAAAGUCCCCUGAAUAUCCAACAUACACUGUUUUUUCUAUAUGUUCAGAUAGGUGUUAAAAGGAAACUACCUGUUUUGUGAAAGUGAUUUCACCUCAGAAUCAUAGUAUACCAUCUCAGAUUGUCCAUCAUACAAUAUCAGGACUGUCUGAUGUGGUGUUUUUAAAUAAAAGUCCACUGAAUAUCCUAUAUACACUGUUUUUUAUAUGUUCAGAUAGGUGUUAAAAGGAAACUACCUGUUUUGUGAAAAUUAUUUCACUUCAGAAUCAUAGUACACCAUCUCAUUAAUUUUCAGGACUGUAUGAUGUGGUGUUUUAUAUUUAAAUGCCUUCAAAAUGUCUCACACAUGCUAUCUUCUACAUUUUCAGUUGUUAAAGGGAAACUUCAUGUUCCAAGAAAAUAAUUACAUUAUAAAUCUGACAAUUUCAUUUAAUGUGUUUUUUUUCAUUGCUGAGGGGAUGGAUUCCUCAACUCCACCUCACUUCAAUUAUAUCCUUUUGUGUGGUGCUUAUACGUAUAAAUUAUUUAAAAAUAAUGACUUCGAUUUGACAAAGAUCUAAUUAUUUUACUGUCCACUAAUUAUUCUGAUCUGUGUAUAUGAUUUAUGUCUGUGAGAUGCUAAAAAUUGUUAGCAUCUGUCACUUGUUUUUGUUCUCAGUUUAGGCAUGGACUCUUUGCUCUUGAGUAUGAGAAUAUAACGGCUUUCCCUGGCUAUGUGAAUGUACAUCUUAUUACUAUGUUUUAGAAAUGUUUCUGAUUUACACAUUAAAGCCCAUUGAUCACAAUAGUGAUCACGAAUAGUUAUUUUUCAUUUUUAUUUCAGGGAGUUACUAAUAACACAUAAUUGGGAUGUUUUUUUCUUUAAUUGGUCUCAUGUAUGACUCUUUGUAUGCAUAUAUUUGCAAUAAUUGUAUAAAUUAAAGAAGUGUGUACA